CGUAGACAGCCCGACACUCAAGUCCUUAUUCUCUACAGCAUUCAAGCCAGAUUGACUCACACACAGUUUCCAUCAUCCUCACUUGGAUUAUCAACCAUGUUUCUUUCGUCCAUGCUCGGCUUUCUUUUCCUCGCACUUGCUUCCGCGAAAAACCACACUGGGGGUUUACUCCUGACGCGCCAGGAGGUAUGCAACCCUUCCGACCAACCGGUGAAAGCAUGCGGAACGACAGACCUGUCAACAGCCAGCUGGUCGUCGUUCAAGAUCGAUGACUUUUUAUCCAGCUUUGUCCAAACAUUUGGCGCCGGGACGUCUACCGAUAUCGGCUUCCCGGGAUAUUUCGUCAAACAGAACCUCCUGCCCGGCGAGUCUUUCCUCUUUGAUUGCUCAGUCAUCGGUUCUGACUUGUGCAAACACCCAAUUGGGGUGAAUCCAACAGUGGGAACCGACUGCGCAUUCAAAGACAUUCCCAAUGUCGGCAACGAGGUGUGCGGCAAAUACGUGUCGCCUCAGGCGGGAUUCGUGGUGGAGAACUUCAUUCGGUUCCACCAAGCAGUGUCGAAUAACUUCUUCGCCAUUGAAGACGCUGGAUCUGCCAUUCUGAAGUCCAACUUCAUCAAUGAUGUCGUUGACGGGCUCUCCGAGGAGCAAGGCAACAUCCUGGAAGCCGUGUUCGAGGCAAUUGCAGGAUUCGUUCUUGGGAUCCUACCCUUCGGAAGGGCCUUCACACUCGGGGUCACGCUUUUCAAAAACCUGGAUCGCAUAUACUCUCUGGCUGGAGACGACAAGGCCUUGAGCGGGCCGUUGGACGUUGUUCGCACGAUUGCUGCGAACGAGGCAAUCCAGGACCUCGCAGAGCGAACCAAGGAUCAGCUACAACGACAAGUCCAAGAGAUUGUGGACAGUUCGCAGAAGCGCAUGCAGGAGUCGAUCGACAUCGUCUUCGGGACGGGACCAAACUCGGCGUCAGGCCAGCCCGGAAGUGAAGCCCAAGACAACUUCGCAUUUGGCCUGGCUCAAAGCGGAGCUUUCUUGGACGCCGUUGCCUCUCGCGAGGAGCUUGCUGCAGUCAUGGAGACGAACCUGAAGAACUGGAUUGUGAGCUCCACCAUUACCGGCAUGGAUUGGAACGUCGUGCUGGACCCUACUCCCUAUGAAGAUGACCCGGCUGACGUGGGUGGUGUUUGUCGGAAAGCAAUGAAAGGUAUUCCCUUUAUACUUGGAACCCAAUGUGCCGAGUUUCGCAGAGGAGGCUUCGAUAGCCCCAAGCCCGAGAAUCCUGCCGUUCUCGAAUCGUUGAUUGAUGUUGCAGAGGCUAUCCGCAAUGCAGAGGAAUGCAACGGAGGAAGUCCAAACUGGCAAUCCGUAGUCGACGGGACCGACAACUCCGCGACCUCGCUGCCACGAUGCUUGUAUACUUUUCCUGUCAUAAGUAUCGCCAAUAGAAUAACGGACGGCGUGUGA